AUGACACAUAUCGGCAUGUUAACUCCAAAACGAUUUCCUAUGGAACGAAGUCUUAGCUUGUUGGAAAUCAAUCGACGUGUUAUUCGUAGUCCAUUUCAUGAUGAUGAUGAUGAUAAUGUAAAUAAUUCUUCACGUACUAAUCAUUUUGCUAUGGCAGAUGAUGCAAGAAUAUCUUCAAGCAAAAAACCAAAAGCAUGGUCUGUACGUGCUCGAAGAGAUGUACCUAACGUUUUACGUGGUGAUAGAUUUAUUCCACGUCGUAUUGAUCUUGAUUGUGAUUUUGCACUUGAUAUGCUUGUUUCUGGAAAUCUUCAAUACAAGUCUCAUGUAACAUCAUCAAAUAACGAACAAAUUACUUUAAUCAGUCAACAACGUCGUAUUAAAAAACGAACAAAUCAACAAGUACAAACAAAUUCAGCAAAGAAAACAAUGGAAUUACUUGAACAUUUUUUGCCACAAAAUCGACGAAUUUAUAAUUUUGGUGUUAAAACACUUCAACCCAGACCAAUAGAUCCAUGUGAUCUUGCUAGACAAAUCGAAGCAUUAACAAUCACAUCAAAAGAACGAUAUAUCAGUUCAACACCAGAACGCAUUCUUGAUGCACCUGAUUUAGUUGAUGAUUUUUAUUUAAAUUUAAUUGAUUGGGGUAAAACAUUAAAUAUGAUUGCUGUUGCUUUAUUAAAUUGUGUUUUCCUUUGGAACGAUGCUACCGGUAAUGUAACUAAAUUACUUGAACUUCAAUCAAAUGAUGAUGAAGAUGAUGAUGAACAAACACAAUACAUAUCAAGUGUUUCAUGGCACAAUCAAGCACCUUAUCUUGCUAUUGGAACAUCUUGUCAACAAGUACACAUAUAUGAUGUUAAGAAACAAACAUGCAAACGAAAAUUAAUUAGUAAUAAUAUGCUUGAUGACGAUGAUAGAAUCCCAAGUCUUGCAUGGAAUCAAAAUGUUAUUGCUUGUGGUACACGUAAUACAGGUGAUAUAAUUUUAUAUGAUGUACGCCAAAAAGAAUGUAUUAUUAAAUUCCAACAUCAUCGUCAAGAAAUUUGUGGUCUGAAAUGGUGUCCUAAUGGACGAUAUUUAGCUAGUGGUAGUAAUGAUAAUACUGUUUGUGUUUGGGAUUUUCAUCAAUGGUAUUCAAAUGGAGAUAUGAACAAUGGAACAGUUGGUGACGGUCUUUCAUCAUUAUUACCACCAACUGAUGAUAAUAAUACAAGAGGAAAUUCGCGUACAAAACCUUUGUGGCAUUUUAAAGAACAUAAAGCAGCUGUUAAAGCUAUUGCUUGGUGUCCAUGGGAAGGUUCGAAAUUAUUAGCAACUGGCGGUGGUCAUUCCGAUGGUUAUUUACGUUUUUGGAAUAAUAACAAUGGAACAUGUCAACAAUCUAUUGAUACAGAAUCACAAAUUUCAUCAAUUCUUUGGUCAACAGAUUAUAAACAAAUUAUAACUGGUCAAGGUCAUCCAAGUAAUGAUCUUUGUAUUUGGCAUUAUCCAUCAAUGGAAAAAUGUCAUACAUUGCGUGGACACACAUCACGAAUUCUAUCGGUAAUAAUGAGUCCCAGAGGAAAUCCAAUUGUUAGUCUGUCAGCUGAUGAAACAAUUCGGUUUUGGAAUUGUUUUCCAAUUGAUAUUCAACGAAAGAAAAAACUUGAAAUGACACGUGCAUAUUCACAUCCAACUCAACUUAAUUUUAAUUGUCGAUAA